GUGCGGCGCCCAGAGACCGCACAGCGUGAAGAGAAAUCGCCGCCUCCAGUAGAACCCGAGGACGAGCCUCUUCGUUUACGGCCUCCGAAAAGCCUACGUCUCGAAGACUUCAAGAUCAACCCGAGAUAUCUGGGAGCCGAAUAUGCUUUCGCGGACACCCUCAGGGGUCGUGACCAGCGGCGGUGCUUGAAAGGAUGCACCAAGCCUGAAUGUUGCGGUGCUGACUUCCUCGCUAUGGUUCAGGCAGGUGGGGUUGAUGUUGGAUCCGAUUCCGAGGUGCUCACUGCCUAUUUUGGAUCCAACUGGCAGCAGAUCGCUCGUGCAAGUGCUUUCGCCAACAAAUACGGCAAGCAUCGGAACGCAUUCGAAAGACGCAGCACGCCACCUGGCUUUUGGCGCACCGAAAUGCCAACAACACAGGAGGUCGAGGAUGACCGUAUCCGAGCUCGAGAGGUCGUAAGCGAAAAAGUCGAGGAAAGAUGGCGAGAAGCGAUGCGCGAUGGAGGAAGAUGGCUUUUCCGUGACGAGUAG